AUGGUUGACGAAACACUUUUCGAUUAUCUUCAUAUGUCGAUCGUUGAGCAUUAUAAUAAUGAAAACGAAAAUGAUGUAGAAACAGCAUCGGCAUAUCUAUCACAAAUAGGUUACAGAGUGGGCUAUUCGCUUGGCGAAAGAUUAUCAAAAGAAAAUGCACGUUAUCGUGAUGAAUUAGAUACAGUAAAAUAUCUUUGUAAAGAACUAUGGAUAUGUUUAUUUAAAAGACAAGUGGAUAAUCUACGAACAAAUCAUCAAGGAGUGUACGUAAUUCAUGAUGGUCGAUUUCGUUUAUUACAACAAACGCUCACAACGAUGAAUAAGCCUAUUGACAGUAAUAAUCGAUUGCAUACAUUAUAUAUAGCAUAUUCAAAUGGGCUACUACGAGGAAUAUUAACUAAUAUGGGUUAUCCGUGUCGUGUUACUGCUGAAAUUGUGGAUUUCGGCGUCAGAUUUCAAAUUGAAGUAAAUCCAGUAGUUGGGCAAAAAUGA